AAAAGGCGCUGGCUGCAAAACAACAGGGCAUUGAAGUGUAUGCGAUAGGGGUCGGCAACAAGACAAGCCAACUUCUAGAACUGAAAGCGAUUGUUAGCCCACCUGCGCAUACCCAUGCUUUCUAUGUAGAAUCGUUUGAUGAGCUGGGCGAGCUGGCAGAGGACUUCUCUAAAGCACUUUGUUCAGUUACAAACAACAUGACGUCACCAGAAGACGACACUUGGCAAAGGCAUUACAACAUAACUUGCCUGAAUGUAACCAGCUUUCAGCAGACGACGUCAUCACCGCAAUCUGGUGCGACUGGUGAGAACGACACAGUCUCACCUACCGCAUCCUAUCAUUCCGCUACCGGGACUUCACUAGGCACUGCAAAGUAUAUAGCUAAUUUCACCUUAUCACCGAUAUCUGUUGUGACUGGUGAGAGCGAAACAGUCUCACCUACAGCAUCCUAUCCUUCCGCUACUGGGACUCUACUGGGCACUGCCAAGAAUGCAGAUAAUAUUAAAUCGGAAUCUGGUAUUGAUUCUAAUAAACCAAGCCAACAAAUGGAUGUCAUAAUAGGGGUUACCGUCCCAGUGAUUGUAUUAUUGUGCCUUGCUGCCAUAAUUGGCUUGUUGUGGUGUAUGAAGAAAAAAUCGAGACGCGUGCGAGCAGAGGAUGGUCAAGCUGCGAAGUCAGCAGAAAAAGAAAAUGGGUCGUAGAACAGGCGUAACAUUUUGAUUAUACUACAUUUUGAUUUUGCUCUUCAUUCUUCGCACUGAUUAUCAUGUUGGUUCAAGGUUUCAAUUUUUACUAACAAUAUCGAUAUAUGAGUAUCAUUUAAUAUUAUAAGAGGCACUGUGUACAAUAUGCAUUUGACAUGCGACACUGACUGGAUUGUCAUCUAUUUACUAUGUCUCCAACCUAGCCACUGGCUGUUUUUCGUUGUUCUUAAUGUCCUUUAAAUGUUACGCUUGUUGCUUUAUAUUUCAUGUCAAGUUAAAUGUUUGGUUGUCUCAUUUAUUGGCCAUUACUGUCCCCUUGUCUAUCAAACCCUAACCCGAACAAACAGCGACCUGUAUAACAUAGUUCAUGUUCUUUGUCUGUAUUGUACACGUAAUAAGCGAGAUAGAGACUUUUGUUCAGCUGAAACAAACUGCUUUAGGUGACACCCAUACAGCGGAGAAACUGUUACUUAACAAUAUGUACAUCUUCAAUCGAAUAACGUAACAGUAAUAUACAGGUACAUGCAUUUGAUUUUAUUGGGGUUAUUAACUUGCGUGGUUAUUAAUUAUUUCACGUAAUAUUUGCCCCAAGAUGUUCAACCAAGAUCAAUUAGUCAUAUGUAAAAAUACCGUAUGAGAGAAGGCAGGAUAAUACAGGCAGUCUAUCGAUCGAUUUGCUGACUCAUGGGCGCCUUAGGAAACUGUACUUUCGAUGGAUUUUCCGUCAGU